GGACCUGGUAGCCUGGCCAGGGGCGGGGCCAGAAACCACCUGACCCUGCGUGGGUUGCGUAAGCGGCGCUCGUGACCUGCAGCUGCUUGACGAGGCCUGAGGCGAGGCUGGAAACUUUUUGUGGCGCUUGCGGAGGCCUGUUGCCUCUGAGGAAUUUAUGCUUUGUCAAGCAAGUGCGUGCAGGUGGAUGAGAGGCACUUUAAUCAGGGAAGGUGACAGAUCAAGGGGCAGGCAGAUUUAGGGUUGAGUACUGAAUCCUGGAAAGUACCGCCGCUCAGGUUUUUAAGGCGGUGGUGGACUGUCUUAAGGGUGGCCUUUUUCUCUAAGUAGUGGUAAACUAGUGCUUAAUAUGGCUUUUAGUUCCAUGUUAAGUGCUUUUUACAUACGUAUAUAUAUCUCAAUCCUCAAAACAACCCUAAGUUUAUGGCAAUGUCUCAAGACAGGAGAAAAAUGUAGACAUUUUCUGGCAGAGCAUAACACAUGUUCUGGAGUCCAACUGCCAAUGGAAUCUUUGUUCCCACCUGAAACCGCCUGAGCCUAGUCUUUACUGGAUGGAUUUUUAUCAGCAUUCUGGCCUGAGCUCUGACUAGAAUCUCAUUAAACUCAGCUCACAGCAUUCUAGGACUGCUUCUCCAGCUGGCAUCUCCAAACCAGACUCAUCCUGCAAUGAAGAAGAAAGAAAAGAUUCACAAGAUGAAGAUUUUCUAGAAGGGGUUUUGAAUUAAAGAAAACUUCUAUAUUGACAAGUGUUGUCCUCAGUAAUGAAGAUCACUGUGAAAGAGAAGGUUGAAUAACACUGGACCUGGAUUAGAGGUUUAAAAAAUGGUCCAGUGUUUUAGUUAUUCUUGGUUCAAAACUGAUUUGAAGAAAGAAGGCCAAGAAAGUCAGUGUUAUUUUCUUCUACUUCAUUGCUUACAAGGAGGAGUUUUUAUAAGGUAUUGGUUUGCCUUGAAAAGAGGUUACCAUGUUGCUUUCAAAUAUGGUGACAAAACUAAUGACUUAAUGGAGGAACAAAUUGAUCCACAUAAAGAAGUUAUAGAUGCAGUGACUGAUUUGAGCAUGCUCAGACUCUUCGAGACUUACUUGGAAGGCUGCCCACAACUUAUUAUUCAGCUCUACAUCUUUUUGGAGCAUGGUCAAGCAAAUUUUAAUCAGUAUGCAGCCAUCAUGAUUUCUUGCUGUGCUAUUUCUUGGUCAACUGUUGAUUUUCAAAUAGCUUUAAGAAAAUCCUUGCCUGAAAAAAAUCUCCUAAAUGGAUCCUGUUCCAAAGUUACAUAUCUCUUUUACAAGUUGCAUACAUUAUUAUCUUGGAUGCUGAGUAUUGUACUUUUAUUGUUCAUAAAUGUUAAGAUAGCUUUAUUUCUGUUGUUUUUUCUUUGGUUGAUAGGCUUAAUAUGGGCAUUUAAAAAGCAAACCCAAUUUUGUAAUUCCAAAAGUAUGGAAUUUUUAUAUAGGAUUAUUGUUGGAUUUAUUCUGACCUUUACAUUUUUUAAUAUUAAGGGACAGAAUACCAGAUGUCCAAUGUUUUGUUAUUAUUUUGUAAGGGUAUUGACCACAUUAGGAACAUUGAUUGUUUUCUGGGUUUACCCAUUUUCUAUUUUUAAUGCAGACUACUUUUUACCUAUCAGUGUCACUAUAAUUCUUUCUCUUCUCUUUGGAAUUAUUUUUCUUACUGUUUAUUAUGGGAUUUUUCACCCAAAUAGAGGUAAAGAAACAGAAUGUGAUGAAAUAGAUGGAAAACCAGUUCAAAAAUAUUGUAGAAUGAGAUAUUUCAUUGGUUUGUAAAGAAAGUGUAUGUUUUAUGUGUGUGUUCUCUAUUAUU